AUGAAAUUAACUUUUUCCUUUCAGAUACUCCUUUUAUGUUGCCUGUUGGAGUUUAAUCAUGCAGCCGUUUAUCCAGAAUAUAACCCGGAGAAUUUCGAAAGUAGACGAAAUUUUUAUCCAUGUUCACCGGUCGGUUCAUUGCCACUUGAUGCCAAUCCGCCGCCCAUCGCUUGUGCCUUUAAAUCUGCAGGGAAUGCAAAAAGAGGUUCAAAUGUUCCUUCUCGUGCUCCACCACCAACAUAUGUCAAGGUAUCAUCACCGAUAUCUUACAAACCAUUACCAAGGACAUCUUCUUUGGUAUACGUCGCACCGCCCAUCGUAAAAUCAGCAUCCGCCGUUGUUGCUACCGAUCGAAAAUCCAUUGAUAAGGACGUCGAUUAUAUGUCUUAUCCAAAGUAUUCGUUUAAUUAUGGCGUUAUCGAUGGAUACACCGGUGAUUCUAAAUCUGCAUGGGAGGAAAGAGACGGAGAUACUGUGAAGGGAGAAUACUCGGUGGUCGAGGCCGACGGAACUAUUAGAACAGUUUCGUAUACGGCUGAUGAUCACAAUGGUUUUAAUGCCGUUGUCACGAGAAGCGAGCCUCCAAAGAAAGAGAAAUCUUCGGAGAACGUUAAAGCAUUUAUACCAGCAUCUCUUAUAAAUGGAGAUAUUAAAAAAUUGCGACAUUGAUCUUUUUAUGGAACAUAAAAGGAUCGACGGAGUGUAACGAUAGUUCCUUGAAAUUAAUAAGAAGAAAACGUAUUAACGACUAUGAGGCUUUUUCAAAUUUGUACUUAUUAAAGACGCCUAAGCAUAAUCCAGACUGUGCUUU